UUAUACCUCUUCAUAUUAAAUUUAUACUAUUAAAUAAAAUGCUAGCUUCUAAAACAGUUCCUGACUCAAAGUAGGGGUUUUAUAACUAUACAUUGGGUGAAUUGCUAACAACACCUCUGAGCCUGAUUUCAUGGACCUGUUACCGCAUAAAAUUGGGGUUCUCUGCCCGAUGCACAUAAACAAGCCACUUAAUUAUGGCAUCAGCUUUUGGGGAGAAAUCAGCUUUUAUUUUGCGAGAUUGAUCUGCAGGGGGACAGGGGGUUUGUGCCCUCAGAUCUGUCUCCCCAAUUCAGGAUUUGGGGCGAAAUUUAAUAGGUUAGGGAGAAUUGGCUGGCUUGCAGAAAUGCUGGUGAGACAGGUUUUGAUUGGUGGGCUUCAAGCAUUUAUGGUAAGGCUUUAAACAUUUAUGAUGAAGUUCCUAAACUUCUAUGGUAAAGCGGGGGAGGACUUUUAAUACUGGAUCUUCCUCAGUGAGGGACCCCUUCGCUUCUGAUAAAAGAGUCCGACUUUCAAGUUCUGGUCAUGUCCCGGUCCUUGGGUUCUGUGGGGAGGAGGAUCUUUAGUUCCCAGGUCGUUUCAGGUCACGAUUUCUUCUUUUACGCAUGCUCUGGCUACUUGACUUUGCAGUUUUUCUGAAAGACACUUCUUAAUCACUCUGUUGAUAAGAGAUGGGGUCUGUUGAACUGGUCCUGGAGGGCCUUUGGUUACAGACCCAUGAAACUUUAGUGUUAAAAGAUAUCUGAAACAUUAUCUCGUGUAAACCUAGCACUUUUAUUACUACCAUUAAACCACCAAGAUCACCAAAUGAGGUUUUUUCCCUCUUUCAGUUUAGAUUUCUUGAAAGAGACAGGACAUAGAUAAUAUCUAAUAUUUGUUCUCUCAGUAGUGACAAGGCCGAUGACAUUUUGUGCUCGACAUAACUUGAGGCUGUUUUGACUAGGACAGGUAGGCCGAACUGUGUGUGACCUUUCCAGCCCUGCAACUUGUUUGCUUCAUCCCCAGUCUAGACUCGUGCCCCAUGUGCCUAGCCACAGACAUCUCCUGCCUCACCUUUGCUGUUAGGGCAAUAUUUAGCAUGGUGAAGUUUCAAAGCCACCCCGUUCCUCUUUCCACAGCUGCCUAUAUGGGCUCUGCAUAUAAAAACUUGGCUCCCCUACAGCUUGCCUAAGAGUCUUCUGGCUUGGGUUUGAGCGCCUCUCUAUUGCAGUAGUUCCCCUGAAAUGGUCUCCCCUUACUAAUGUCCAGACUUGUCACCCCCCAAACCCUUGUUUUUGCCUUUGACAAUAGUCUAAAAGGAACUUCAGCCUUCUGCCAGUCUUAUUACAGAAAUUUUAUUAGUAUCACCUUGUAGCAAGUUUUCAGCAAGUAACCAUCUCUGGGUAUUUCUUCCUAUUCUUAAAAAUCUUGAUGAAAGGUGGUUUUCACAAAAUGCUGGCUGCUUAUCCUGCACCAUGACUUUUUGUAGGAAUUUCUGGAGAAAAUCUUGUAAAGUUUUCUACAUGAUUCAGUUGUAUAAAAAGUUGUAGUAGUUUCAGUUAUCUCAAGGUUCACUAGGCAGAUGUAGUGUCAGAUGUGUAAUUAAAAAAUAAUUUUCUUAACAUGCAUAUGGUGCUUUAUGAUUUACAAAGUAGAUUACCGUGUCUUAUAACUCUGUUGAAUCUCACAACAGCUGGUGAGGGUUAUUUUGCUCUAGGAAAAACUGGGAUUACAGUUGAGUUCCAGGUCUUCAAUUUCAGAGCUUUCAGCAGUCCAUCAUAAUACCUGUUAACUAAAACUUAGAUAACUUAGCAUAUUAUAAAUGGUGCAGGCAAAACUUUCAGAACAAAGUUUACUAAAAACUUUGAGCGAGAAUAGACCUCAGGUACCCCUUACUAGCUUCAACAGUUAUCCUCUGCUCACCCACAUUUUUGUGUGUAUUUGGUGGAGGAUGGGGAGUAUUUUGAAAAAUUUCUAUGGCAUUGAAAUGCUUAUUAAUUCUGGCUCCCCACUGGAGGUGUCUUUGAGUUUUUGAUCCCUCGGUCCACCAGGUAUCUUUCUGAGCUCCUGCCACCUCCCUGAACUAUCAAAUAAAAGACUCUCAACUAGUCAGGAGAGUCAGCCCCAUGCCCACUUGGUUCAUUUUGCCCCGCCUUACUCCUGAUCCUGUCUUUCCUUGAAUGUGGCCUUGUCCUCCUCCCCUGCCUUUUAUCUUUUCCUUAACAGAUCCCAGUAUGAAUUUAAGUUUCUGUUUUUCAAAAUAAUUUCUUUAUUUAAUAAAACUGAAUGUUCCCUAUUCUCACCCUUAUUUUUUAAAGCUAUAUCUCUUCAGUAUUUUGGAUCUGUUUUCUACCCCAGAACACAUUACUGUUUUGGAGUGUGUGGCCCUUGCUGCUUCUUUCCACGUUGCAUACAAAAUAAGAGGAAGUUAUUUCAGGUGACCUACCGCCAACAAAGAGAAAAGAUCCAGCCUGAUACAGAGUACCCAUAGCAGGCAUCUAAUGUAAAAAGUGCAAUGAAUGAGUGUAAUAUACAACUUCCCUCCCCGCAAAUCCUGAGCCUUUGAUAGCAUUAUUUUGGUGUUUCUGGAUUAAGUUUAUUUAGAAACUUGUUUGGAGGUUAUGGAUGAUAAGCCCAAUCCUGGAACCCUGAGUGAGAGCUCAGAACCUCUCUUCUCCUUUGGAGUUAUAGCAGAUAUUCAGUAUGCCGACUUAGAAGACGGCUAUAAUUUCCAUGGAAGCAGACGGAGGUACUACAGACACAGUCUUCUUCACUUACGGGGUGCCAUUGAACACUGGAAUGAAGAAAGCAGCGCACCCUGUUGUGUACUGCAACUGGGAGAUAUCAUCGAUGGCUAUAACGCGCAGUAUAAAGCGUCAGAAAAAUCACUAGAACUUGUCAUGAGCACGUUCCAAACGCUGAAAGCCCCAGUCCAUCAUACGUGGGGAAAUCACGAAUUCUACAACUUCAGCAGAGACUACUUAACAAACUCCAAACUUAACACGAAGUUUCUAGAAGAUCACAUUGUACAUCAUCCUGAGACUAUGCCUUCAGAGGAUUAUUAUGCUUACCAUUUUGUGCCAUUCCCUAAAUUCCGGUUCAUUUUACUCGAUGCUUAUGACUUGAGUGUCUUGGGUGUGGAUCAGUCUUCUCCAAAAUACCAGCAGUGUCUGCAGAUGCUGAGGGAGCACAAUCCAAAUACGGAAUUGAAUAGUCCUCAAGGACUUUCUGAGCCCCAGUUUGUCCAGUUUAAUGGAGGAUUCAGCCAAGAACAGCUGAACUGGUUGAAUGAAGUUCUUACAUUCUCUGACACAAACCAAGAAAAGGUGGUGAUUGUGAGCCAUCUUCCCAUUUACCCUGAGGCCUCUGACAGUGUGUGCCUGGCCUGGAAUUACAGGGACGCCCUGGCGGUCAUCUGGUCUCACCAGUGCGUGGUGUGUUUCUUUGCUGGUCACACUCAUGAUGGUGGCUACUCUAAGGAUCCUUUCGGUGUGCACCAUGUCAACCUGGAAGGGGUUAUUGAGACAGCUCCGGACAGCCAGGCUUUUGGCACAGUUCAUGUCUAUCCUGACAAAAUGAUGCUGAAGGGGAGAGGCAGAGUUCCAGACAGAAUUAUGAAUUACGAGAAGGAAAGAGCUUUCCACUUUUAGUCUGAUUUUGUUUACCUCUGUAGACAGAAUGACUUAGCUUUGUGUUUUUGUUCCCCUCCCAGCCCCCAAUCCUCAGUCUCAUUGUUCGUAGUCAUUUGCAUAACAAAAUGUAUGUAUGGCUGCAGUGUGCCAGAGCUCCUCAGAUAUUCUGAAAUGGCAUUUUUGGAUAAUAUAUCCAGUGCUGAAAAUUAGAAACAUAAUGAAUGAAAGUGGCGUGAAAAAAACAGGGAGGAGACUGCGGGGGGUCGGAGGGUGAGGUUCUGGCAGGGU